CCUCCCUCCUCCCAUUACCACCGAUUCAAGCGUCGCGAGCUCCCUGCUCCGGUCAGUAACUACAAAAUGGCUGCAGAGGCUCCGCCGCCGCCGCCGACGAGAUCCCGCUGAACGCUUCACGCUGUGAGAAGAAGCAAAACUCACGAGAAGACAACCAUUUGAUGGAAGAUAAGAAAAAGAAAAAGCAAGAAGAGAAGAAAAAGAAAGAAGCCGCUCAGAAAAAGGCCACAGAACAGAUAACCAAAGUGCCAGACUCUGCCAAGCUCGAUCCCACCCCUCCUCUUCCCCCCAUCAACCCCAGUGCCGCCCCGUCUGUAGCCCCAAGCAGUGGCAAUGGCAAGCGCGCUCCCUCCGGAGGUCAGCCACAGACAGCACAGCAGCCCCAGACUCUGCUCCAGCAGCGCUACCCACCCAGAGAGGUGCCCCCUCGCUUCCGCCAGCAGGAGCACAAGCAGCUGUUGAAGAGGGGUCAGCCUCUGCCCUCUGGAAGCCUGCUUCUCACCACCACAACACGUCCCAGCACUACUGAACCUGCAGCAGCAGCUGUACCCGCACACUCCUCUCCCUCCUGCUCCUCUUCCUCCACAGCCAGCCUGCCUACAGACCUGCCCCCCCAGAGCAGCCAGGGAGCCCAGUAUGAUAAUCCCCUCUGGGGACACCUGCCAACUAAUAGGAGUGCCACAAGUGCUGCCUCUUCCACCAAUCUCAGUGGUUGGGAUCAACUGAUUAUUGACCAGAAGGACACAGAGGCUUGGCCUUCUAUUACCCUCAGCAAGAGCCAGGCCCCUCCUGGAGGAUGCCCUUUGGAUACUGACCCUGGUCGCUUGACCAGCAGCAGCAGCAGCAGCAGCAGCGGCAGCAGCAGUACUAGUAGUAGUUGUAGUACAGUUACUAUGGCCACAGGGGCCAACAGCCAGACAGGCCACUUCCCUGCCAACCACCUUAGCAGCAAGGCCAACAGUGGAACCAGUCCUGCCAGUCAUAGUGGAACCAGCAUGCUCUCUAGCCAGGUUGCAGCCAAUCGCAGCUGGGGUUCUGGACCUGGACCCUCCCAUUGCCCCCCUCAGUCCUCAGUGGGGAAUGAAGGAAAGAGUGACAGUCCAGUGGGGGGAGCAGGCAGCAGGGGCUGGGGCUCAUCAUCUUCCACCACCAACUAUAACUUGAACCUAAACCCUAAUGCCAACCCAUCUGCCUGGCCCAUGCUGGGGCAUGAUGGAGCUGGCAUAGGGGGAGGCAGCUCAGGGGGAGCCAACACCAUUUCACCUCCUCAACCUACACCAAACCUCUGUAAUCAGCCUGGCCCUCCACCAGCCCAGACCAGCACCUGUACUGGAGCCAACACUAACAGCAACUCCUCUGGGAUUGGCAGCGCCUGGGGUGGUUUAAUGACCUCUGACAUGUCAGAGCCACACCCCUCCCCAUCCACGAAUGUGUCUUUCAGUUCAGAACCUCAGAACCUUAAAACUGAUGGACCAAAUCACACUAAUAAGCAGGAACCGUCAAGCCCUAUCCACAGCUUGCCUGGCUGGGGUAAUGCACCUGUAGGGAUGAGUUCAAUGGGCCAACCUCCAAAAGGGGGCCCGCAGGUCAAUGGAGAAGAUAGUAGCUCAGUAUGGGGUAACAAUGGCGACUCUAAGGCACCUUCAUCUAAGGAGGCACCUGGCUGGAACUCUGGCUGGGGCCAUGGCGGAGGUGGAGCAGGAAAUACUGGAGGAUGGGGUGACCAGUCCCGUGGAGACUGGGGGAAGCAGCACACUGAAGAGCCCCAGGGAAGCUGGGAUACCCCCAGCUCUCCUCCGCAGGAGCCACAGGCGCCACAGGCUAGUCCUUGGGGCAGAGCUGUGAGCACAGCUGGUGCCAGUGAAGGGAGCAGUGAAAGCAUGGAGGGACAUCCCCCAUGCAGAGACUCAUCCAGAGAUAAUCCAGCUCCUCUGCUGCCUGCACAGGAUCUGGACCCCAGGGUGUUGUGUAACACUGGCUGGGGACAGACCCCUGUUCGCCAGCACACCUCGUGGGAUAUGAUUGAGAGUAAACGCAAGAAUGAUGCAGCCACUGAAUCACGGGGCUCUGGCCCAACCACUCCAAACAAUGCCCAGGGGCCCUCCAACACUAGCAUGGGCCCCACUCAGAGGACUGACCCUGGGAGCAAAAAUGAUGUGCCUGGUUCUCAGGGAGCUUCAGGUUGGGGUGGAAGCAUAGCAGCUACCAACAAGCCCAACUCUGGUUGGGGAGAGCCACCUAACAACAUUAAGCCCCCAGGUGCCCCCAGUGGCUGGGGGAACUCUCCAGCAGGAGGCCCCACCACCAGUGUACCCAAGAAUGGUGGUCAGUCAUGGAGAGAGGAGAAGUCAAGUGGGUGGGACGAUUCUCACAUCAAGGCAACAUCCCAAGGCUGGGGAGAGCAACAAAAAGCAUCCCACAGCUGGGGCAAUAGUGGAGGCAGCAAUAACACUGGUGACUGGGGAGAACCAGAAGAGAGCAAAAAAAGUCCCACCAACCCUGCCUGGGAGGGCGAGGCAGGAGGUUGGAAGGAAAAGCCACGAGGCUGGGGAAUGGCAGCUUCAGGAUCAGGGAUAUCUGGAGCUGGAGGAAAUGGUGGCUGGGGAGAACCAGUUUCCCAGCGUCCCAGUGGCCCUCCUCAAGGUUGGGCUGGCAAGCCUCAGGAUGGGCCCAGUGGUAAUAGUGGAGGAGGGGGCGUAGGCUCUUGGGGUGGCUCAAACUCAGUGAAGCAAGCUGCAGGUUUGAGUGGCAGUAAGCAGGAGUCCUCAGCUGAUCCUACAGGCUGGGAAGAGCCCUCCCCACCUUCAAUCCGACGUAAAAUGGAGAUAGAUGAUGGGACCUCAGCUUGGGGUGACCCUGGUGCCUACAACAAGGCAGUCAACUUGUGGGACAAGAAUAAUCCAGGAAAUUCCCAGGCUAAAGUUCCCACUGGAGGCAAUAAUCCCCCAGUUCCAAACAACAACCAUCACCACUCUCACAAUCACCCAUAUCACGGGCCACCUGCACCUUUACAAAAUCACAGUCAAAACUCUCAAAACCCAGGGCCCACCAGUGGGCCCAUGGAUCCUGUUGUGCAACACCCGCCUGGGCCAUCUCACAACAGGGCUCCCCUGAUAGCUCAAGGCUGGGGAGAAAUACCAAGCUCCCACACAAAAUCGGAGACCUCUUGGGGGGAACCUGCACCUGCACCUGCUCCGGUCAGCAUGGACAAUGGGACGUCUGCCUGGAACAAACACACUGGGAGCUGUGGAGGCUGGAGUGACGGUAACCAGGACAGCUAUGGCAGGGGCAACCCAGCAAUGACGUCUGCAUCUUGCAAACCUGCCCCCAAACCUAUGCAAGACGGAUGGGGAGGUGGAGGUGGAGGUGGAGGUGGAGGUGAGGAGCUGAGCCUGUCAGGGGGUCAGUGGGAUGCUGACGAGGGAGACAUGUGGAAUAGUGCUCCCUCCCAGGAGAGCAACUCCUCCUGCAACUCUUGGGGCAAUAAUCCUAAAAAGGUCCCACAGAAGGUGAAGGUCCCAGCAAAGCAGGAAGAUGCCUGGAUCAUGAAUCGUCUCAUCAAACAGUUGACAGACAUGGGCUUCCCUAGGGAUCCAGCAGAGGAGGCUCUGAAGAGCAACAACAUGAACCUGGACCAGGCCAUGAGUGCCCUGCUGGAGAAGAAGACGGAGCUGGACAAGCGGGGGAUGGGGAUGGCCGGCCACGACUACAACAACGGGCUCAUCAACAAGCCCAUGAGCUGCCCUCGGCCCCCGCUUCUUUCCAAAGACCCCUCAGCAGACCCCCGCUUGCCCUUCAUGGAUAAGCAGAUGCAGAGUGGAAUGUUUGGCGGUGGUGGAGCAGCACAAGCCCGGACCAUGCAGCAGACGCAGCAGCCUCCUCAGCCGCCAGUGCCGCCUCUCAGCUCCUCUCAGCCUAGUCUACGUGCUCAAGUGCCUCAGUUUCUCUCCCCUCAGGUUCAAGCACAGCUCUUACAGUUUGCAGCAAAAAACAUUGGUCUGAAUCCUGCACUUUUAACCUCACCAAUAAACCCUCAACAUAUGACCCUUCUGAAUCAACUUUACCAGCUGCAACUGGCAUACCAGCGUUUACAAAUUCAGCAGCAGAUGUUGCAGGCGCAGCGCAAUGUUUCUGGUCCCAUUCGACAACAAGAGCAGCAAGUUGCACGUACAAUCAAUAACAUGCAGCAGCAGAUCCAACAGCACCAGCGUCAGCUGGCCCAGGCCCUGCUGAUGAAGCAUCAGCAACAGCAGCCGCCCCCCUCCCACUCGGGCCUGCAUCCUGGUGGGACCAAAUCCACCCUGGAUUUGUUUCCAGGUCACCCCCAGGCUCCAGGCCUCCCUGACCUGCAGACCAAAGAGCCGCAGUCAUCUCCUAACACCUACAGCCCCUACUCUCUCUCUGGACUGAAUCCAAACAUGAAUGUAAACUGCAUGGAUGUGGGAAGUCUGGCUAUGAAGGAACCCCCCCAGCCCCAAUCGCGCUUGUCACAGUGGACGCACCCAAACUCCAUCGAAAGCCUUACUGGUAACUCCUCUUCUCUAGAGCCCAGCCUGGGCAAGCAUGGUGCCAACUUGGGUCCCCCGGGUAAACCCCCACAGCUGGAGGACUCUUACAGUCCCUACAACCUCAUGUCCAGCUCAGACUCUCCUACCAGCCCCCUGGUCCCCCCAGACAGUUGGGGACAGGGCAAAAGUAACAACGACAAGAUGGCCAAUGGGACCAAUAUCAACUGGCCGCCAGAGUUCUGCCCCGGUGUUCCCUGGAAGGGUCUGCAGAAUAUCGACCCUGAGAAUGACCCCAACAUGACCCCUGGCAGUGUCCCCAGUGGGCCCACCAUCAACACCAAUAUCCAAGAUGUUAACCGCUACCUGCUACGGGACAGGAGUGGAGGCUCCUCUCCCACUUCAUCUCAGAUCGAGGCUCUGCCUCCCUCCACUGAUUGGCCAGUCAGUGCCUACACUAGCUCGUUCAGUCUGUCGUCCCCGGAGAUGGACGAUGCAGGUAAACUGUCAGAGAUGAAAUCUACUUGGUCUUCUGGCCCUAUCUCUCAUAGCCAGGCCUCCCUGUCCCACGAGCUGUGGAAGGUCCCUCAGGGGCCCCGGAGCAGCAAUAUAGCCCCUUCACGUCCCCCACCUGGCCUCACCCACUCCAAGCCUUCCUCAACGUGGGGGGGAAACUCCCUGGGUCUGGCCCAAGGCUGGAGCAACUCUUACACCUCAGCAGGUACCACGUGGAGUACAGACAGCUCCACCAGGACCAGUAGCUGGCUGGUUUUGAGGAACCUCACUCCACAGAUUGAUGGUUCGACUCUGCGUACACUGUGCAUGCAGCACGGCCCCCUCAUCACAUUCCACCUCAACCUAACACAGGGCAACGCUGUGGUGCGCUACAGCUCCAAGGAUGAGGCUGCCAAGGCUCAGAAGUCCCUGCACAUGUGCGUGCUCGGGAACACCACCAUCCUGGCAGAGUUUGCUGGGGAGGAGGAAGUGAACCGCUUCUUUGCACAGGGCCAGUCGCUCGGCGUAACAACCAGCUGGCAGGCCACUCCAGGCUCCAAUCAGACAAGGAUGGGUGGGACUGGGUCCGGAGCCCCUCAUCCUAUCGGUCACUCGCCCCACUGGAACAACAACAACAACGGCGGCGGUGGCCUGGGAAGCGGAGCAAAGACAGGCGGGGAGUUGCUUUGGGGUGGCGUGCAACAGUAUUCUAACCUGUGGGGACCCCCAAGUGGAGAGGAGGGACGGAUCAUGGGGAGUCCCACACCAAUCAAUACGCUGCUGCCUGGGGACCUGCUGAGUGGAGAGUCCAUGUAGGAUGGAAGAUCCCGGGCGAAACAAACACCAACAGGAGCAAAAAUCUUUCAAAUCAAUGUGGAGAUAAUCAGUGUGGGUGUAACACGAAAAGGAAAGACAAGAGGAGGACGAGGCUACAUCCUCGCUGCUCACCCUCGUCAGCCUCCUCUUCUCCUUUAGUUUUGAAUGACAUUUCAGUUGCAGUUCUUAUGUGAAUCUCAGCGAGGGAUUUUGGUCACAGUGUUCAGCUUUUACUUUUGGAGGCACAAGACGUCUUUUCAUUCGACAAAGAAAGAGAACUUUUUACAGACAUGAACUUUUGAGAUCUCGCCGUGUGAACUUUGGUCAAACUGACACAGUGACGAGCCGCCAUCUUUAGUCUUGCGUAAUCCUUUUGAGGCAAAUCAUACUGCACCUCAGAGAUCCAUGGAAAAGGCAUCAUUCCCAAAGUAAAACCCUUCAAUCAGAGUGGUUGUCGAACUUUCAGCUGGUCCAGACUCGACACAUUUGUUUCUCUCAGCACUAAUAUUAGCCUUAACCUCUUUCCUGCCCUGCUAUCCUCAUUCACUCUGUACUUGGUGAAGAAGCAUACGGACACUUGCACACCCUUAUUUCUGAGCCAGUGAAACCUGAGUGGAAAGUACAUGCUGCUGCUGCUGCUUAACGUAAGCAACCACAGCUCACGACUUCAGUGCAUUUUUUGCAAGCAGAUUGAGUUCCUCAGUUCGCUCAAAGGGAAUGAUGCAACUCUGUUCGCCUUGUUCAAGCCAUUUAUUUUUGUAUUGUUUUUUUUUCUUCUUCUUGAACCAUUGCAAACAAAGCUAAUGAAAUUAUUCAAAUGUGUCUGUCAAUCGUACUUGGUGGGGGCAUAGUUUUUUUGGGGGUCAUCGCUUGUACAGACAGUUAUGGACGUGGAGGACGACACAAUGAACCACUGCUAUUACCAUGGAACUGUAAAGACAAACACUUCAGCGCACCUCAACUCAUCUGUGGGGAAACUCGCAGUUUGUCUCUGACCCUCUCACUGAUGUAGUGGAGAGGGAAAAAAAAACUCAAGUCGUAACUGUUUCCCAACGGUGUGUAAUCAACGACCCCUCCCGCCCCCACCCACUCCACCCCUGCAAAAACAACCAUUUCAAGUGAUGUGCAAUAUAAGCCACAGACUCUACCGUCCAAGCACCCUAGCGUGGCCUCUCUCGGAAAGAGGGGAGACUAUAAGGAAUGAUCGAACUGCAAAAACUGUAUCUGCCCCCGCAACCCCGACCCUCCCCACCCCAAAACUGCCACUACUACCCUUCAUCCCCCCUCCCACGAGUGUGUGAACUCAGGAGAGUAGCAAGCUGGUCUUGAACCAUCUUCAACCACAAGGACAUGUACACAAAAGCACUUCUUCAGCCAGCUUACUCUCCACACUUAUGCCAGUGACUAUGUUGGGGAGAGGGAGGGGUGUGUGUGUGUGUGUGUGUGUGUGUGUGUGUGUGUGUGUGUGUGUGUGUGUGUGUGUGUGUGUGUGUGUGUGUGUGUGUGUGUGUGUGUGUGUGUGUGUGUGUGUGUGUGUGUGUGUGUGUGUGUGUGCUUGAUGAGAAGGCAUCAAACCAAAAUGAGAUGAGCCUGUUUUUUUUUUUGAUUUCCUUUGAUUUUACCCAGAAGACCUUUUUUUUCCUUUUGGCCCAAAUUUGCAUUGGUAUAAGAGUAUGAAGCAAUGAUUUUGUGAAUCGGUUGGUCUAUCACAGCACUUAGCAAGAGCCCCACAGCUCGUUACACCCUCAAUGCCAACGAAUAGAAGAAAGGAGAAGCAACACUGGCAUGUAAAAACUGAAAAACAAAGACAAAAAAAAAGCAAUCUGCUCAGUGGCUUCUCAAUAUACUUAUUUUUUAACUUAACAUGGAUGUGAAGAUUUUUCUUUUUUUUUUUGGUCAGUCCUUCUUCCCUCAAGUCGUGGGACCAAGAAGGAUGUUUAACACAGCAAAGUAGCAAAGUGAAGGGAAAAUACAAAGAAAGAACUAACUCAACCGAUGAUGGCUGCAGCAGGGACAGACCCUGAAGCGCUCAUCCUCACCCUCUCUAUCAAAGUAAAUAUCACUGUUACAUUGCAUACUGUUGCAUUGAAAUCUUUAGCCUUGGUGUCUGGAAACGCUCAACGUGUUAAUGUUCUACUGGGUCCAGCAGGGAGGAUCUCCAUCUCUCUUUCAUCCUCUUUUUUUAAAUUUUUUUUCGUCUGUCUAUUGGAGGCCCUGCCAACCUGUGUGAUAGUGUGGCCACUGAGUGCCUGCCUGCUGCAGAGCGCAGUACUCUGCGGCAGCCCUCACCCCUCCCGCACCCUCGCUCGCUGCCUCCCUGCGGGUCCCUACAGACUGGCUUCCCUCCUCUUCCUCCCCCCACCCCCACCCCACCCCUCGGGCCUCCAGGCCAAGAGCAGCUCUUUCAGAACUGGCCCACAUGUAUUACAUUUACUACUACUGCUGCGCCAGAGUAUGUCCUCAGCAACCUCCACUUCCACUCUCUCUGUCUCUCCUGCAAAGUUCACUUUAGCCAGAGAUGGAGGCGCUUGAUGUGUUUGUUUGUUUUUUCUUUUGGUUUUCACUUUUUAUUUUAUUGAUGUAAGAAGUUUGCUGAUAUUGUUGCUGUUAUAAUUGAUGAUAUAGUUGAUGAUUGUUUUCUGAUGAUAAUUCAUGGCUUUUUAAUAUUGGUCUUUAUGCAGUGUUCAGCUUCUCUCCUGCCCCUCCCACUGCCUCAGAGGCAGAGCCAGUGUGUAGAUCAGAGGUACACCUUAGUCGUGCAGCAGGGCCGUACAAAACACUGCAGAUCUCAGUGGAAAAGCAAGGUGGGGGGAGGUCUUAAUGUUGGAGCGAGUCAAAUCAAGUGGGAAAGGUUGUGUAAUCAAAGGUUCUGUCCAGGAUGGUGAGCCGACUUCCCCCGUCCAUCCUGGGGCACCAAACCUCGACUCUGUCGUCUUUUUAGAAACACACACACUUCCUUUAAUGUUGACGCUCCUCACUCACGCUGGUGCUUUAUGUUUAACUCUGGGAGCACUCAGUUAUGCUUAGAACCACCUCAACUGAUAACAGCCUUCCAUUUCUAUGCAAAGACAAGGAGGUGUUCGUUCGCAGCCAUCUAGAAAAUCACAGCCAUCGCCCACAUCUGCCAAUCUUCACUUAUCUCUCAACCUUUACUACCAGGCAGCUUCCCUUGAAACAACCCCCACUCUUCAAGGGUUUAGUCUCCCACUGUGUGGACAGAGCUACUCGAUAACACUAAAUGACCUGCUGGAGGCACAAGUGGUUAGCAAACAGUCACUUCUUCAGUCUUGUGCCAACCGAUCUUUCCAAUAUCUACUUCCACUUUGCCAUAUCCUAAUUUAUCUUUAGUGUGAUUAGACUGAAGUUCCUCUUAUCGCUGGCGGAACGUGCACCACAAUCUCCAGUUGUAGGAGGAGUAGAAGGGCAGGACAGAAGAAUGGUGCUGGUCUUUCACCAAUAGGGGACUGGAAAUGUAGUGGAGAACCAGGCUGCAAGAAGAGUACGAGGAGGGGGUGGGGUGGUCCCUGUAUGUGUCUGUGCACUGUUUAUGGGUCACAUCGGGUACAUCUCUUUAAAAACCAAAAACAUUAUCUUUUUCUUUAGCAUCAAUGUUUUUCGCAAAAAGUAGAAACUACAAAAAAAAAAAAAACUAAAAGUGGUCUGUUUCAGCUGUGCACUUUGAGGCUGAGAUGUCUGUGUUCUGUGUCUCUGCAAGCUGCCGCCUUCUCACCCCGUCGAGGCUCAACGUCUGGGCCUCGCGUGGGGAAGCUGUAUCCGGGAGGUUUCGUUUUGGACCUCCAACCUGAAGGUCGCUCCAGCAAAUAUAUAACAGGUUAUCUCUGCACAUCUGGCUUUGGGGUCAGGGUCCGAGCAGGGACCCAGCGUAUCAGUAGAAACAGCGACAAACCUCAAGUUCGGUACCAAGUCUUAAAACGUAGGGGAUUCGCCCUCUUCCAGAGUUGCUUAAGACUCGCGUCAUUCAACAAAACAAUCACUAUUGCCUGUGUUGUUUGUGUGUUUGUCUGUUCCUGCAUUUACUCCACACUGGACUUUAAUCAAGGAACUGGCGUUGAAGUGCGGAGUUGAAUAGAGACGGACGAUGGGUGACCGGGACGGAGGUCGAGUCUCAGACGUGCCCUGGAUUUCUUGACUUAGCACCAGCACUGAGAGCCCUGCCCCUCCCCACACCCUUCGCCUGCUCCCUCAUCUAACUGUGUAGUGUUGGAAACCGGACGCUCUCCCUUUUUUUAAAGUCACAUUGACUCAAAGGCAACUGGAGCUUGAGCAAAAUAUGCUUCUCAAUCAUGGAUCAGACAAGGGUUCUGGGGCAGGGCCCCCAAAAGGGUUUGAAUUAGCAAAUCUCUUUAAAAAACAAAGGCCUGGGUUGAAUAUGCACAUGCUAGUUCAUAUACGCUAUACAACCAUAUAAUGUGUAUAAUGGGUGUAUGUGUGUAUAUGACUAGAUCUCUGUUUUCCAUUUGACCUAAGCCCCCGGCCCUGGCUUCAGCCCUUACCCUGUGUAUCCUCCUCAACAUUGUAUUUCCCAGAAAACAAGAUCAUAAACAUAUCAGAGUAAUACAAAAUAAUGAAAACAAAUACUUGAAUCAAAAGAAGCGCCAAUAAUGUAAUGUGAACACUUUUUCUAGUGGUUUUUUUGUCUCAUUCAUACACUUAAAGAGAUUUUUGAUAACAUCGGUUCAGAGUGAAUCAAAUUUGAAAUACAAGUGUUGUUGAAAACAAAGAUCGAUUAUAAAGGCAAAUUUACAUCUGUUGUAUUUGAGUGUUUGCACAAGGCUGCUUGUACUGUAUGUUGUAUGAAUGUUCGGAGCGUGAGGUGAAAAACAUGUAUGAGAGCUUAUGAUUACAGCGGAGGAAAUGUCCGCCUCAUGUUUCUUUUCAAUUCAGUAUACUUAUGUUGAUUUUUUUUUUUGUUUGUUUGUUUUUCUUUUUGCUCGUCAAAAAUAUAUUCUGAUGUUAAUUGUUACUAGCCUCUAGCGUUGCACUGAGUGUCGGCCUCACCCCUCAUCCAGCUAAACGAACAACAUGAUACAAGUACUGAGGGGAGACGGGGACAGUUCACGUGUAAAUGUUUACUCAAGGACUAAAAUAAGUGUGUUUUUAAAAUGUAAUGUUUAUCUACCUUAGUGGCUUUCAUUGUUGAAUAAUCCAAGAAAGUAUGGAUCAUAAUUGAGUAUUGCACCAUUUUUCAGACAAUAAACCGAAAAGAAAAAAAAAAAAAAUCACAUAUGUAUAAAAAAAAAAGCAGCAAAAAAAGUAUUUUGCAGACCUGUGGCCAUAGUUUGGGGUAGAAAGACUUCAACUCUCCCAAAUCUGAGCAACGGAGAGAGUGAAGGACGACAUCAGACUGAGCCUUGGCUUCUAGGGCUCACUUCAGAG